CUCACGACGAUCGAAGUUAUUCUUCAUGGGCAAGCACGAUUGGAAGAACAAUGGGACACCAAACUUGUUCGAUUGGAAGCUUUGUUGGGGAUUAAUGCUCCAACAAUGAGCAAGAUCAAGACAAGGAGGAGUAUAUUGGAAUCUCGCCUAUGGAAGGUCCACUUUUCGGUACUUGUUGUGAAGAGUAUGAGAAUUUUGAUGAUGAGGAGGCGAUAG